GACAGAAAAAAACAAGUUUAACUUUCAGCAUCUACGAGCAGAAUCUGAAAUGGCAUGAUCUUAUCCUCUCGCGAGUGCAGUAGUCGAAUCAAUCCGGACUCACGUGGUGUCAUCUUAACAUGUGGCGUCAAAUACAUUUUGAUGCACCACCACUCUUCCUGCUCCUUCCUAGCUUCCACGCUUGUCUGACGACACAACUGGAGCCCAUCCACCGCUCGUGCCAAAAGGCGGCGGGGCCCAAACUGUUAAGUGCAACUUUGACAGUUGACAAGGAACAGGUCGUCCCAUCAUCUCGUCGGCCCCGCGUUCCUCCUCCUUCGGCCGGCGCAUCCGCGCCCCGCGUAUUUGCCCACCCCAUCCUACUUUCUUUCUUUCCUUCUGUCUUAUUCUCAUCUCUCAUCUCAUCUUGUAUGCACAGAUAUAUAUAUAAACGUAAGAGCAUGGUGCCUUUGUGUGUGUGUCUGGUUGUGCGCUUGAUUUUUGGGAGCACACAGCAGCUGCUGAUCUAAUUAAGAGAGCACACACAUAUAUAUACGUACGUACUGCGGCAAGCUACCAAUUAAGCUUACUCAGUUUCUUUUCUGCCAAUCAAAUCACUCCACCCCUUUUCCAUUCCGCCCGCAUAUAUAAAUUUUCCGGGCAAAUUGAAGUAAAGAGGAAAAAUUAAUUAAAGAUGGUUGUGUUGUUCUCUCGCACAGGAAGGCAUAUGCAGCGCUACACCACUAAUGGUGGGCGCGUGGUUGUUGGAUGUAUACCAUAUAGAUACAAAGGCAAACAAAGUUCCGUGGAGAUGGGGGACGGGCCGGCCGGUGAAUUUGAAGUUCUCCUUGUUACUUGUCAGAAUGCCAAUAAAGGGAUGCUGUUUCCAAAGGGAGGUUGGGAAUUAGAUGAAUCGAAAGAAGAGGCUGCGUUGCGGGAGACAGUCGAGGAAGCUGGAGUUAAGGGUACUGUUGAGGGGGAAUUGGGCCAAUGGAGGUUCAAGAGCAAGAGUCAUGGCACUUACUAUGAGGGGCAUAUGUUCCCUCUGCUUGUUGAAGAGGAACUCAAUUCCUGGCCAGAAAAGAAUCUUCGCCAGAGGAAAUGGAUGAGUGUGGAAGAGGCAAGGAAAGCGUGUGGGCACUGGUGGAUGAAGGAAGCCUUGGAUAUACUAGUUCAUCGUCUUGAGAAAGAAGCAACCAUACUGCAUGCAUAGCUAGCUGUUCCCCUCUGUACGUAAGCUGUGAGGAUCGAGCAAAAAUCACAGUUGGAGAGGCAACUAAAGAUGCAUUGCAUUGGGUUUCUCGUUCUUCAUUCUUUAAUUUUUUAAUUUUUUGGGAUUCUAAUUUCACAACCCAGUCAAUUAUUUUGUGAGAAUUCAUGUUGUAAGAUGUACAGCUCCGAUUCUUUAUAAAACAAAGGAAAAAUUAGCAUGCGGCACAA